AUGUUUUGGAAUGGGGAUGAGGAUCUGUCUACUCCUGCUAAUGGAGCCAUCGGUGGAAAAGUAAAUGUGACCUCUCAACAAAAUGGCCUUGGUUUUCGUGCUUCCUCCACUAGGACUGAUCAAGACAAUGGCUUCUUUCCCAAUGAUAGAAAAGAUCUUCCUGUUGGUUCUGAAAAGGAAAGGGCCCUUCUCAAAGCGGUUAAUAGGUCAAAUGUUCGUGAAGAUAUUAUUAGCUCUGGUCCCAGUUCAAUUACAAAGUUGAGUGCAUCUGUCAGGGCACCACGAUCAGGUCCUUGUAUGAUGCCUAAGGCAUCACCUAGUGCCCAUCGAGCUAUUGGAGUUGCCGAGGAAUGGGAGCUUUCACAAUGUGUGAACAAGGUCCCAGCUGUUGUUGGGGCUAGCAAUAGGAAACGUCCCCCAUCAACUCGUUCUUCAUCACCACCUGUGGCACAAUGGGCUGGGCAAAGGCCUCAAAAGAUAUCUCGUGUUGCAAGAAGAACAAAUCUUGUCCCUCCUGUUCCAGUUCCAGAUGGGACACCAACUUCAGAUACAGGAUCUCAUGUUGUAGCUGCGUUAUCAGAAAGUGAGGAGUCGGGAGCUGCUGAAGUCAAAUCCAGAGACAAAGGAAAGAAGUCUGGUGAGCCAGAUGAGAAAACUGGACAGAAUGUUCAAAAGGCUUCGACUUUAGUAUUGUCAUCAAGAAAGAAUAAAAUGUCCACUGAUGAAGAUCUUGGAGAUGGUCUUUGGAGACACGGAAGAACUGCACGCGGUUUCACUUCAGCAAGGUCUAGCGUGCCAAUUUCUGUUGGGAAGCUUGACAACAUGCACACUGCAAAACAGCUCAGAAGUACAAGGCUUGGCCUUGAGAAGACUGAAGGUAAAGCAGGCCGUCCACCUACUAGGAAGCUGUCUGACCGUAAGGCAUAUAAACGUCCCAGGUUUGCCGUGAAUGGUGGAGGCGUUAAUUUUCAAGGAGAACCAGAUGAUGGCCAUGAAGAACUACUAGCUGCUGCAAAAGCUGCUAUUAACCCCACUCAUGCUUGUUCAAGUUCAUUCUGGAGACAAAUGGAGCCUCUCUUUGGUUUUGUGUCAGAUGAAGAUGUAACUUAUUUGAAGCAGCAGAUUUCCCACAUCAGUAAAUCUGCCAUGGAUGUGCAUGUUAGUGCUAGUCAAAACUUGAAGGGUGAUUUUGGAACUAGUUUGCUGGAACCAAUUGUGAGCCCCAUCAGUGGAGUUGAUUGUGGUACUGUCAAUGCAGUUGGAUCAAUUGAAUGUGAGAGAGAUAUAGCAUUCAUGAAUGAAAUAAAGCCUGAUGAAUAUUUGUCAGAGCAGUACUAUCUGGGACUAAGGGAUAAUAAUGUGAUUCCUCUUUCCGAAAGGCUCAUUGCAGCUCUAAUUUCAGAGGAAGAGUACGAAGGAUCUUGUUCUAUAGGAGAUGAAGAUGUCAAGUUCAAUAUAAAUGGAACUAGCUCUGAGUUGGAUGAAGACUUGAAAUCCAGUAGUAUGAGUCAACCAGAAUUGGGAAACUUUCAGACGGUUGCACGAGCUGCUUCAAAUGGCUAUAGGAUAAGGGCCACCCGUGGAUACCUUGACCAGAUGGAACAUAGUGAGCUGGGUGAUGUUGAUGUAGUGGCAGAUCCGACUUCUGGAAUAGUCUCCUGGCAUUCUUCAAAUGGCCUCCAAUCAAACAAAGCAGCAAUGCCUGUCAGGGCUUGUACUGUACUUCAGUAUGAAAAGAUGACCAUGAAUGAAAGACUUCUCCUGGAGCUUCAGAGUAUUGGCAUUUUCCCAGGUUCAGUGCCUGAGUUAGCACAGCGAGAAGAUGAUGAGAUCAGUGAAGAAAUUAGCAGAAACAAGGAGAAGCUUCAAGAUCUGGUUAACAAGAAGAAGACAUUACUUCUUGGGCUGGAAAGUUCUGUCUCGGAAGCAAGAGAAUCUCAAGAAAGAGAGAUUGAACGCAGUGCCCUUGACAGACUUGUUGGAAUGGCUUUUGAAAAAUAUAUGGCUUGUUGGGGCCCUCAUGCGCCUAGUGGAAAGAGUUCAAGUAGCAAAAUGGCUAAGCAUGCUGCCUCAUCUUUUAUUAAACGAACACUAGAACGAUGCCAGAACUAUGAAAAUACAAGCAAGAGCUGCUUUAAUGAGACCGUGUUCAAAGAUUUGUUUUGUUCCGUGUCUUCCCGCCUCAACAAUGCAGAACGCGUUGAUGCAAUGACCGAGGGGGAACCUGCCAAUCCUUGUGGUGACACUCCUACCUGUUCUUCAGAAGUUAGGGUUUCAGCUUCCAUGGCCUUGCAUCAGCCCCCUAGUGCAAUUUCAUGCUUAAGGCAGAACAUUGAUGCCUGUGAGAAGAAUCCUUUUGAUGUCUUUCAGUCAGGAAAUCAUCUAUCUGAACCAACUACUGGUAAAGAAGAAACAUGGACGAGUAGAGUGAAAAAGAGGGAGUUGUUGCUGGAUGAAGUUGUUGGUGGAACUGGUGGUUCUUCUCUGAGAAACCCAUCAGUUGUCAGGAGUGCUCUUGUAAGUGGUACCAAAGGAAAGAGGAGUGAGAGGGAGAGGGAGGGAAAGGGGCAUAACAGAGAUCCGUCCUCUAGAAAUGGCACCGGUAAAAUUGGUCGUCCAGCUUUGGGCAAUGUCAAAGGUGAAAGGAAGCCAAAAACAAAGCCUAAGCAGAAAACAACUCAUUUAUCGGCUUCUGUCAAUGAUCUUCUUGGUAAGGCUUCAGAGCUACCCAAAGCUGUAUCGCUCCCAGUCCCGAAAGCGUGUGAGAUGACCAGUGAUAGAAAUAUCAAGGAAAAUGAUGAGUUGGCCUUGGAGACAUUGAAUGACCCCGAAAACAUUGAUUUAUCAAACCUGCAGCUACCUGGAAUAGAUGUACUUGGCGGGCAAGGCCAAGAUUUUGGUUCCUGGUUGGAUAUUGAUGAUGAUGGAUUGCAAGGCGAUGACUUUAUGGGGCUUGAGAUUCCGAUGGAUGACCUUACUGACUUAAACAUGAUGGUUUAAAUUGUCUGCUCUGUAUAUUUCUGUGCAUUAUAUACAAAACUAAUAUAUACUAGUUAAACAAAAUAUAGGUACCAUUGUCCAGAAAAGAUUGGUUAGAUUGAUCGUCAUUUUGCAGCCAGGUCUUUAAGUAGGCUAUAGAUUCUUUCGGGGACUUCUGCCGAAGUUUGUUUUGGAAGACCUUCGUGGCGUUGUGGAAUUUUGCCCCUGAAGUUGCAUGUUUUGACUGUAUAGAUCUUAUUUUACAAUGUAAAAGUUAUAAAUCCCUAGGUUGCAAUAUGUUAGUUGGCACUGAUACUGAUGGUAGCAUUGUUAACCAAAGGGCAGAGCCAAUUGUACACAAAUUUUACAUCUGUAAUAAAUUGGGAUUUAUUUGA